GCGCAUGCUGACGGAGGGUUAUCCCGCCUACACCACCUCCUGCGCAUGGCUCGGAUACUCAGACCAGCUGCUCAAACAGCUUUGCACAGAUGCACUGAAAAGCGGUUGGACCAAGUUUAAGGUGAAAGUCGGCGCUGAUUUAGAGGACGACAUCCGCAGGUGCCGCCUCAUAAGAGAAAUGAUUGGACCCAACAACACUUUGAUGAUCGAUGCUAACCAGAGAUGGGACGUAGCCGAGGCCAUCGGCUGGGUCACGAGCCUGGCGGAGUUCAAACCUCUCUGGAUCGAGGAGCCCACGUGUCCUGAUGACAUCCUGGGUCAUGCUGCUAUCUCCAAGGCUUUGGCUCCACUCGGGAUUGGAGUGGCGUCAGGAGAGCAGUGUCACAACAGGGUGAUGUUUAAGCAGUUCCUGCAGGCGUCGGCCCUGCAGUUUGUCCAGAUAGACGGCUGUCGGCUCGGCAGCGUCAACGAGAACCUGGCUGUGCUGCUGAUGGCCCACAAGUUCCAGGUGCCAGUUUGUCCUCAUGCUGGAGGAGUCGGUCUCUGCGAGCUCGUCCAGCAUCUGAUUCUGUUUGACUACAUCUGUGUCUCCGGAAGUCUCAGCAACCGAAUGUGUGAAUAUGUGGAUCACCUCCAUGAACACUUCAUCAGUCCUGUGGUGAUUCAUGACGCCCACUACAUGCCUCCCAAG